AAAUUUCAGCCCAUUCGGUCCAGCCGUUUGGCCGGCUAUAGGCAACUUAUGAAUGUCUUGUUUUAUUAUAUUAUUGGAAGAAAGGAAAAGUUGACAGUGUUGGUUAAUAAAGUGUUAAAAAAGAAAGUUUAUAAUUAUACUAGUAUAUCUGAUUAAUCUAAUGCGUCAUAGAAAAUAAAACAAACCCCUAGAUUCUCCUAUCCAUAAAUCUACUGAUACGACAGUAAGGUGUCCACGGAUGACAAAGUUUGAAAAGGACCAGCACAGCUCCAAAUAUUUUUUUUUCUUAAAUUGACUGAGUUAUAUCCAAAAAAAAGACACUAAAAUUGUACUUCUCCUAAAAUCAAGCAUGUUUUUGGAUCUAGCUCAUUUAUUUUAAUAUUUUUUUCCACAAUUUCAACGGAUCCGAGUUUUCUGUUUGAAAACAAAGAAAUUGAUAUGUAACAUCAUAAUAUCAUAAAAAAAUGUUUAACUCUGGUGGCGAAUUAUCUCCCAGAAUUUAAGAGUUGUCGACCUAAAAUUUUUAGGAAUUACUCGCAGUAUGUAGUUAUGACUACAUUAUUCAAUAUAAAUAUUAUAAGAUCGCCAUAUUAUACUAAGCACGAUUUAUAAAUUUUAUAUAUUUUUUUAAUAUUAAAUUUGCAGAACAAUGUCAGAAACCGAUCAGGAGGAGGAAGGAGAAAUAUUUUUUACAGAGAAUUUGCCUCCAGCGCAUUACGAUGCCUCCAAGAGCAAAGUAGAAAAGUUCUGCGCUGCGCAGCAAACCAGGGGCAUUGUGCUGGUCACCUCAGGGGGUACCACAGUACCUCUUGAACUAAAUACAGGUACAGUGACACCCAUUAAACUAUGGAACGGGAAGACGAUUGUUAAACUCCAGUUAUCAUUUUUUAGAAAAGGAUAUUCAGUCAUUUUUCUCCACCGAGAAAACUCACUCAGACCAUUCUCCAGGCACCUUCCUGGUUCCAGCAUGCUGUCCUGGCUUACAAUAGCUGACGGCCAAGUUGUUGUUGACAAACAAAAUAAUGAUUUUGUAAAACAGGUUCUACAGGAAUACAAACAAUAUUCAGACAGACUGUGUGAGAUAUAUUUUACUUCACUUGCAGACUAUCUCUGGCUUCUUAGAAUGUGUUGUCUAAUUCUUAACUCACAGACGUCUCGUUCUAUCCUAUAUCUUGCCGCUGCAGUCUCAGAUUUUUAUGUACCCUCACAGAAACUACCCAGGCAUAAACUACAGUCUUCGGAGGGUCCUCCAGAUAUACAUCUUCAUAUUGUCCCCAAGAUGUUACGGCCUCUGGUUGGGAAUUGGGCUCCCAAUUGUUAUGUUGCUUCCUUCAAAUUAGAAACGGAUCCUUCCAUUCUCAUUUCUAAGGCUAAGCAAGCUCUGGAGAAGUAUAAACAUAAUCUUGUAGUCGGAAAUAUUCUGGAGAGCAGGAAACGAGAAGUCUGGAUUAUUACUGGAACUCAUGAGGAGAAGAUUCAUAUGUCGGAGGAGGAGAUAAACAGUGGAUCAGAGAUUGAGGAGAAAAUUGUUGCGAUGAUUGAGAAAAUCUCCGAGGAGUACUUGAUACAGCAGCAAACUGUAUAGGAAGCUGGGCCCUGCUUUCUGUGCCGUGACAAUUGCCAACAUCGGAAUAUAUAGUUGUGAUAAAGUUUAUGCCUUAAAAUACAAUAAGUUUUAUUUAUUUAAGAAAAAAUGAAUUAGUUUGUUGAAAAUUAAUUUGUUCACUGGAAUCUGAAACUAAAGGCCGGAUGCUGCGGGGUUCUGUAUUUGUAGCGACUAGCGUGUACAGUAUGGCAAGACAACGACAAAGGUUGGCGGAGAGAGAAGGAACAACAGAUGAACAUAAACCAAGGAGAC